GUGGGAUAACAGAUUAGGAAAGCGAGCUGCUCCGUAAGACAAAGGUCGCCGUUUUAAAACCCUUCGCUCUUCCUAUUCAGUCGCCGCAUGCUUUCGGCGAGACAAGAUCACUAUCACACCCAUCCGACACGGUGAAUUGAAAUACCUGAGACCGUCAUGCUCUCGCUCGCCCGCUCGCGUUACACGCUUGCUUUGCAGUUCGCAUUCCUCGCCAUAAACGCCGGGGGCGUGCUCCUGGGCGUCAUCUACAAUGCGAGCACGCCUGAUCUGUACCCGAACAAUGCGCACCACAAGCUCGGCUGGAUUGUCACCGUUGUCGUGGCCGCACAGGUCGCCAUCGGCCUCCUGGCUCGCGUUGCGGGCAUGUUGAGGCGGGAGAGCUCCAACCUGUCCGGCCGGCCUGAGGAGCGCCAAGGCUUUAUUCCCGUGUCGACCGAAGCCAUGGCCGAGCACGAGUCCCACUAUUCUCCGGGGCCGUACGGUCGCUUCUCUCAAGACAGCGGGCAGGGCACCGAGCCCAAGACCGAGUCGCUGCGCAGUCAUUCCAUCUCGUCGGCCGCCGAUUCCCCCACCCGCAAUGCGCACCAGCGUUACGACCACCCCGACGACGAUGCGGACGAGGACCUUGAGGCGGCACACCUGCCCAUCUUCUCCAGGUCUACCAAGGCUCACUCGGUGGUGGCCAAGAUUGCAGGCAAGAUUUCCGACCGGUUCUGGAAGAUCUUACUUUUCGCCUACAACUUCAUCGACCGCACCAUUUUGAUUCUCGGUUUCAUUGCUUUCUGCACGGGCAUCAUCGCCUUCGGCCGGUUUUUUGAGGGCCGCGAGAUCUUCAGCGGUCUGGCGCACUGGAUAAAGGGCGGCGUUUUCUUCUGGCUGGGCAUUUUUACGCUCGGCCGUUGGGCCGGCAGCUUCGGCGAACUCGGAUGGGCCUGGAACCUCCGCCCCAGGAAGGCGGGACGGAAGUGGUGUCCCUCGGCCGAGUUUGUCGAGAGCGCCGCCAUCUUCUUCUACGGCUCCACGAACAUCUUCCUCGAGCACCUCGGCGGUUGGGGCGGUGAAUGGAGCGCCCAGGACCUGGAGCACCUGUCCAUCACUGUCCUAUUCAUCGGUGGCGGCUUGUGCGGCAUGCUCAUCGAGUCUGUAAGGAUCCGCAAUCUCCUCAACUUCACGGUCGCGGAGGCCGCCGCCUUGCCCCCACCGCGCCCCUCACACCUCCGCGAUCUGGAGCGCGACGCCCGCCGCAGCCAGGAGAACCAGGGCCAGGAGCUGGCCGAACCCGAGUCGUAUGCCUUCUCCAUCAACCCCAUCCCGGCUCUCGUCAUUCUGCUGCUGGGCAUCAUGAUGAGCUCGCACACGCAGGAGAGCAUGGUAUCGAGCAUGGUGCACAAGCAAUGGGGUGACCUGCUGACGGGCGCCUCAUUUGCACGCGGGCUUACCUACAUCUUGCUGUGGCUGCGCCCGCCUCGCUCUGUCUACCCUUCGCGUCCCCCAACCGAGCUGUUGGCUUCGUUUGGGCUGAUUGCCGGCGGGAUCAUCUUCAUGGCUAGCGCUUCGUCUACCGUUCGUGGCAUGAUCCACUAUCAGCUCGACGCCAUGUUCAUCUACACGGUAACUAUGGGCCUGGUUGGCCUUCUCAUGGCCUGGGUCAUCCUGAUGAUUGCGCUCAAAGGGUGGGCUGCAAGGCGGGAGGCUGCCAGAGCAUAGCUUUGCGCGCAGACAACUGGUGGCUCGCUGAUCGAACUAAUAAGCGAGCUAUUAUGAUACC